CUCAAUCCACAGCUAAAUGGGUGAGAAACAACUCAUACUGACAGACCCUCAGAAAGCAUUGGGAAACCUCACAAGAGCUCAGAGGAACAGGUUUCUGGCUGUGACUUGAAGGAAAGGCCUUGGAAAUCUCCCCCAUUCUUUACUAUCAACACUGAAAUAUCUGAAGUAGCUAAGACUGUAAAUUAGAAAAAUAUGAGAUGAGGAUAGGUAGCCUAACAGACAAGUACGUGGAAAAAUUGUUGCAGAAUUCGAGCCAAGUGUUGAAGAUCAGAUCGAGAAUUCAACUAAUUCAAUCUCUAGCUAAUGCGUGCAGCUCAACUGCUUUGUCGACGGGCAGCAAUCCGCAGUUGCUAUGACUACACGUAACUAAGAUUUUGUUGACAUUGACAACCGGACGUUCUUGGCAGCUGUCCCCACGUAACCUAGAUACCAAACAUUUUGCCUUUUUAUAGAAAAGUAUUUACUUUUCAUUGAGACACGCUUUAUAUAUGCAAUGGACUCCAGUACGUUAUACUACUCCUUGGACCUCGUUUCUGGUAGCGGUUUAACUUUGAGCAGUGAGCAAAAAGCUGCCCUGCAGACUUCCCUGGUCAUUCUGAAGAGGAACAACAAAUUCAAUCGUGUCCUGUUUUGGGGCAAGAUUCUGGGCAUAAAGGGUGACUAUUUCAUUGCUCAAGGGGUUUCAGAGGAUGAGAUGACGGAUAAAAAGAGCCUUUACAGUUUCAACUGUGUGGACUGGCACUUGCUUCCCCCUGCCACUGAGGCAAUGCUAGCGGAAGUUUCUGCUACAGCAAAGGGUCGCUUCGUUGGAGACCCCUCACAUGAGUAUGAGCACACCGAGAUACGGCGGCAAGGGGAGGGGGACGAGGCUGUGGAGGAGGAAGUCGUGGUUAAGGUGAAAGAGGAGAAGAGGCUGGCCUCCACUGUCCAUACCAUUGAUAAGGAGGUGUCUGUGGUCCCGCGCGGUGCCUUCAUCAAGAGUCCCCAUGGCCUGGUGCAGACCAAUCGCAGCUUUGAGGGUCUGUCCUCAUUGGAGGCAGGUAAACUCAGCUACUUCCUGCACUUCACUGAGCCGCAGAAACUGAAGAAGAAAUCCAUCCUGGAGCUGGCUGACCUCAACCCCUCCAUUGACUUCCUGGAUCCUUUGAGUGAGGAUAUCCCCAAAGGGUCGUGGAGCUUGCAGUUUGAGCGUGGCAGCACAGUGUGUGUGAUCCGUAGCAUGCUGUGGCUGGGCCUGACCUCCUUCCAUGUACCCAUGACCCCCCAGCACGGAUACAUCUACAUGGGCGACGGACUGAAGAACCUGGACCUGCCCUUCAUGCUUUAAAAAGCCAGUGAGAUCCAGAGCUGGAGAGCCAACACCUACCACUUAUCUAAACUGAGAAUCAUCAUCAACCUCUCAUCUGAGCAAGCAGUGUUUCAUCCCCGCCCAAAACAGUUCUAUUUAUGCAAGAGAUGUUUCUUUAGUGAUAUUUAAAGUAAAUAAACAAACUAAAAUCAUUCAUUAUUUGUGAUUUACCUCCACAUGCACUUGGUUCAUUUCUGUCAAUAGGCCCAGUAAAUGCUUACUUCCACACUCAUGCAAACACACAUGGUGGAGGGAGAAAAAGCAAAUCUGAUUUAUUUGCACAUCUGGGUUGUCUUGAAGUACAACAUCCCACCUACAUCAAAACAGUGUAACACUGACCCAAUUGAUCUUACAGCAAGGGCUCUAGUCAAUCUGUAUUGCUGAAGCGUUACAGAUUCCGCAAUAGAAAUGUAAAGGUAAUGCCCGAUUGAGUUGACAUAUGCAGUGGUUACCGUGAAUGCAGUCUCUGGUAAAGCUGGAACAUUGCCUUUAAAAUGUCAAUCACGCUGUAAAGCUGAACUGCCGCGAUGCGGAUUGAAUAGAGCCCCUAAAUGUGGAGUUUAAUAGUUUUGUUUCAGGGCAUCUUCAAAAAGGUCAAAUGACAGAAUGGGU